AUGGUUGAAGAACAAGAAGCCCUAAAGAUUCAACCAGGAGAUAAUCCAGGGUUGGGGCUCGUAUCAGCACUACUUGAUGGAACCAAUUUCAUACCCUGGAGCAGGUCAGUGAAGCUGGCGUUAUUAUCUAAAUCGAAGCUGGGCUUCAUUAAUGGAGAAAUUCAAAAACCAGAAAACAAUCCCAAAGAACUCGAACAGUGGGUAAAGGCAGAUUCAAUGGUGGCCUCUUGGAUUCACAACUCCAUUUCUAGAAAUAUUGUGGAGAGUUUUAUGUACGCCAAUAGUUCUAGAGAACUAUGGAAAGAAUUGGAAAACAGAUAUGGGCAAAGCAAUGGCCCUCUGGAAUAUCAAAUCAAGAUCGAAAUGGCAUCUACCUCUCAAGGAACGAUGACUGUAUCUGAUUACUAUGGAAAAUUGAAGAAACUCUGGGAUGAACUCGCCUGCAUCACGCAUACGCCUAUUUGCACAUGUGGAGCUGCAAAAGAAGCCGCAGAAAUCAGAGGCAAUGAUAACCUCAUGCAGUUUCUCAUGGGAUUGAACCAAUCCUACGACCACAUCAGAAGUCAGAUACUGAUAAUGGAUCCGCUACCUGAUAGCAAUAGAGCAUAUGCAAUGGUACUCAGGGUGGAAAAGCAGCAGCAAGUUAAUUCAGGCCAAACAUAUACAAAUCCAAACAUGGCCAUGCAAGCCUUCAAGAAAACCGAACCUAUAAAGAAUUUUCAGAGAAAAGAAAUCCUGUUGACAAGAGAACACAAAUCUGCAAACACUGUGGAAAGAAUGGCCACAUGA